AUGAAACUAUUGUUGGAAGAAAGAUGUAAGCAGUCCGGUAAUUUCGAUAUUAACGCGAGGAACAGCUCCGGAGAAACCCCCUUGCACCUCGCAACCGAGGCUGGUCAAAGUCUUUCCGUUCAGCUGCUGCUUGAGCAUGAUGCCAACGUAGACGCCAUUACCGCCAAUGGCGAGAGAGCCUUUCAUAUUGCUGCAUCGUUGGGUCAUGUGCAAGUCAUGGAGAAGCUCCUUGCCGCGCGGACAGAGGACUACCACCUGUGUGACGAAAACAAAGAUCAACUUAAUGUGUUAUUCGUGGCCGUGCAGAAAGGCCACACUCGCAUUGUUGAGAUGCUUCUCGGGGUGCCUAUCCACCCAAAGAAACUUCGGGGUGUACGAGAAAGCCCGUUGGCUAUGGCGGCCGAAAAUUUAAAAAAGGGCAGAGAUAUGCUUCGUUUGUUCCACGAGAGAGGCUGGAACAUCAAUUGGAGACCCGAAGCUUCUAUUGCUUGUACGGCGCUACAUGCCGCCGCGUCGGUGGGCAAUGCACCCGUCGUGGAAUAUCUACUUGAAAAGGGAGCCGAGCACGACGUUCAGGAUUUCAUGGGAAGGCAGCCGUUGCAUCUCGCGCUCGAAGGGGGGGACGCGGACGUCGUCAAGAUGCUCUUGUCCCAAGGCGCCGAUAUAGAUGCAAGGGAUGAGCAAAAUGUAUCGCCUCUCUUGCUCAUAGCCAAUCGCAAGGACACAAAGAUGCUGGAAAUGGUGUUGGAAAGACACCCAGGCGUGGACAUUGGGAGCAAGCAGCUUCCGACAAAGCGGACUGUUCUACAGGAAUGUUGCUUCAACCCCGAAGCUACGAAGCUACUGCUCGAGCGAGGCGCAAAUGCCACGACUCGCAGCGAUAGUAAUGUUGUACACGCCGGUUUCCAACCGGACUGCACGGGCGAUGAUGGCGGCAGCAUCCUCAUUGCUGCCGCAUUCUAUGGGCAGCUUGCUACAGUUCAACUCCUUGUAGAACGCGGUGCGAACGUCAAUGCCGCGGACAAGAAGGGCACGGCAGCCAUUCAUCACGCUGCCAUGAGGGAUACCCCGGAGAUGGUUGAAUACCUUCUGCGUCAAGGGGCAAAUCUCGAGUAG